UAAGUAUAUAUUACCAUUAACUAGUACUUUCAAAUCCUCGUAAUAGAUUGUGUUUUGUACCUGAAAGAAAACUAAUAGUACUCAAAAACAUAUUACCUCAUUUAUGUAUACAGUGAAAAUUAACUUCACAAUAAGUUCCACAAAAUGACAUAUAUCAUCAGCCAUUGUUACAUGCAAACAAAUGUAGGACCUACUACUCCUUUUUCUCUGUCUCUCUCAUAUUCUAAGUUUGCUAUAUAUGUAAGCUUCUCCCUUGUAGACUUUCCUUUGUAGCAAGAAUAAUUUCUCAUAUGGAGAGGCAAAUCAUAAACAAGAAGAAACGAGUGUUUUCUGUUGAACCAAACAAGAUACCCCCUAGUGAAGUUUUCACGAGGAAAUACACACGCCUCUUAGUUCCUGCACUCAAGAAGCUCAACAUGAACAAGAACUCUUCACAAGCCAACCAACUAACCGUGAAGCAUGAAGUAGACAUGGCUUUGGCUUUGUCUGCCCAAGAAUUUGCAUGGAGCCGUUUCUUGCUACAGAAGCUAUCGUCAUCGAACAAUCCAACCACUACUACCAGUUCUUCUUCCAAUGGAAUUCGUAUUCAAAAAAGAUCCGGUAAAGAAGGUGGAGACGAAGAUGGAGAGAUAGAGGAGAAACUGAGGGAACUGCAGAAGCUUUUGCCAGGUGGUGAAGAGAUGAAUGUAGAAGAAAUGUUGGGUGAGAUUGGCAAUUACAUUAAGUGUCUUGAGUUGCAAACGAUUGCUCUUAAGUCGAUUGUUGAAGAUACUACUUGACUUUUAGUUUUAGCUUGUAAUUUUAGUUUGUGUUUGAGUUUGUCCUUUAACUAAACUCAUCUAUCUAUGUUUUAUUUUCUCUCGUUUCUAUAAUUAAGAACGAGAGCAUAUAUAUUAUAGUGGUUUUAUC